CGACAGCCAUGCUUCUCUGAUGCCCUUCAUAAAGCAGUCCAAGAUGGUCAGCAGAUAUAAACCAGAAGAAGAAACUUCCAGCUCUGACUAUCCCAGUAGUGACUUUUGGGAUAGGCUCAGCCGCCAACCAAGCUUCCACUGGAUGGAAGAAUACCAUGAAGCACCACCCCUGCUGACAUCUGGCUGCGUAGCACAAAGACCUGCUGGGGCUGAGAAAGGCUCCUUCCCUUGGCCGACGAUUUCAACCCUGCAGAAACUUCCAUCACCCAAGGAACUCUGCCAAAGGAAGAAAAAGGGGCCAAAACAGAAAAAGGUUGAUGGUGUCAGGGCCUUGUCGGUUCUAUAUCAUCUGGAGGAGCUGAAGAAGAGGCAAAGCAGCAUAGAUGAGCUAAAGAAGGCUAAAUGGGGUGUGUCGGAACCCCAACCAUUCUAUGAAGGGGCUGCUGCCCCCCUCACAAAAGCACCGUGUCCUGAAGGUUCACUGAGCCCAUCCUCUGUGCUGGGGACAGACGAAUUCUGUGAAGAGCUCUCUGUCUUCAACGGACCCUGUCAUACACAGCUCCUGUAUCCAGAGUGGAACCCCACCAUGAGAGAGCAGCUGGCCAUCCCUCAAGAAAGUCCCAUUAUCUCCUACAUGAUGGCUACGCAGGAUAGGAAUCAAGGUGUCGCAGUGGGAUGCUGGCUGGAGGAGGAGGAAGAAGAGGACUUUUGGGGAUGCAGGAUGCAGUCAGAGGAAUGAUCCAGAAGAUGCAACCAGUUGCAUGUAAAAAAAAAACAACCCUUCCUCAAAUUGCUAUAGGUCAGUGUAGUGCAAGAGAGGGGUCCGGCCUGCUGUUGAGCCUACGAGGCAAAAAUGGGGGAAUCAGAAGUGUGUAUGUAGGCACAUUUAUAUACAGGAGACCAGCCCAGUUUGAAUCUUACCUGUUGCUGGUCUACCUGUCCUUUGAUAGUUUAUUAUUGCAUUUGUGCAAUGAUACUGUGGCCUUUUUAUCUACUUGGCUUACCCACACAUACACACAGUGCCUUUCUCCCUCUUUGAGCUGUCAGUAAACCGUCUGCUGUAGGCUGCAAAAAAGAAAAAGGGGUGGGUGGGUGGAAAAGCCAAUACCCUGGGAAAUUUCAGGAGUGUUUCCAUA